GUACCAACAUGAAGUCAGGAAAGAUUUUGAACUUAAUUUUAAUAUUUACAAGCUUAGGUAUCACUAAUCAGAUGAGCACACCAGUUGCUUCAACAACGAUCCAGGCUGUCAGUGCAAGUACAGUUCCAUUGAAGUUCAAUCGUAUUAAGCUGAUAUCGGUGGAAAGUGAGACCAUUUCCAUUACCUGGGAUACAAACAAUGCAGUCAAGCAGACUCACUUCAAUGUCACAAUCGCCAGCUUUAAUGGAGUGGAGAGUAUUCAAAGUGAGUCAGAAGCAGCCGUUUUGAGAGGCCUCCUGCCCGAUGUUGAAUAUGAGAUUACGAUUUCCACAACAACAUGCGGUCAGCAGCAGGCAAUUAGCAGGAACGUCAGGACAGCUGCUACUGUGCUGCAAGUGUCAACAAGAAUUACAAAUGUGGCAUUUACAACAGAACUUGAAAACAAAAACAGCAAGAAGUACAAAGAAUUUGAAAAGAAUUUCACUGAUGAUCUUGUGAGUGGAUUCAGCGAAGAUUUGCAGGAAUUAUACAAAAACAGAAAAGUUACAAUUGUUAUUUCAUCCAUUCGAGAAGGGAGUGUGCUCGUGGAUUUUACGGUUGCAGUGUCAACAAAUGUGACUAUCACUACAGGCAGUGUGGAAGUAGCGCUCACUGAGUCUUUAAACAACAGUAAACAAUUCGUUGCAGAUCUUCAAAACACAAGCAUCGUAGACAGAAACAGCUGCCAGCCUGGGCUGAAUGACUGUUCAGGUAAUGGAACUUGUAUAAGACAAAAUGCAACUUACACCUGUCAGUGUAAUGCUGGGUUCAGAGAUAACAGCCCUAAUGUACCUGGAAGGAUAUGUGAAGACAUCGACGAGUGUCAGACUGGGAACAACACAUGCUCUGAUUUAGCUAACUGCACAAACACGCCAGGAAAUUUCUCUUGUAGCUGUUUCCAAGGAACUGAAGAUAUUAAUCCGGCAAACCCGGGAACACAGUGCAAAGGUGCAGCACAAGUAACGACUCUGGCUCCAAGCACGUCUCAGACUGUUCCCACGGUGCAGACUCCAUCAGAUAAUUCUGGAUUCAAAGUUGCUGUGAUAGUGUUGGGAUGUUUACUAGGUGGGGGACUGCUCUUAAUCCUGGCAAUAGGACUGGCGAUGUUUUGUACGAAGAGACAUUCUGGGCAGUAUUUCAUGGAUGGUUCGAACUUGCGCCAGAAGUUCAACUAUAAAAACAUAUAGUGCGUUGCAUAAAACCUUCCCCAUGGACAAAUCAUUCCCUCAGGGGUUAUGCAGCUUUUGAAAGAAAACUUUAGCAAUAUCAAAAGCUCAGAGAAGAGAUAUAAUACUGGAAAGAAAUCUAAUAUAUAUAAUACAUGUACUAAAGGAGAAAAAUGAUAGAUUUCUGGUCUCAUUCAGUUUCAUAUAUUUGUUUCUAAACAGAUUGAUCUGUGAAUAGGAUACUAUGUCAGAUUUUAUUCAUGGUAUCAAUAAUGAAAAUGGGGACAAUUUCACAAUUGAUAUGAAUAUCCAGUAGUUCUGUGCAAUCCUUGCAAGAAUCAUACCUUCUUGUUUAUCCCUUUUGUGCAUUCAAACAUUCAGCAACAAUGAAGAAAUCUUAACAACUACAAUGCUGAAUGUUAACUGAAGAUAUCUGCAGAUAGCCCAAUGUAAGGAGUUUAAAUAGGUUUUAGCAUGGGCCAAUGCCUUGUCCUUGUGUUACAUUUCCUACUGCCCUGAAACAUUUGAAGGAAGAUUUCAAACCUAAUGUUAGUGAAGGAACAGUUUAUGGAAAUUGUACUUGGAGACAUUCUCUUACCAUUUGUCAUUUAUCAUAUGUAAUUCUGUUACUUUUGGAGCACUGAUCACCUUAAAGAAUUUUGUUACUCUGAGAGACUAUGUGGUGUAGAAGAUGGAAAUGGGUUAUGAACUGUGCUAAUUCCAGCAGGUAUACCACAUUUACACACCUGAAUAUGCCAUCAUACCUCAUACACUGCUCACAGAUAGCAUUAUACCACGAUUCCUGGAAUAGAUGGGGCUAAAGCACAAAAUAAGCUUUAGGGCCUUGAGUCUGCAAAAUGCUUAAAUUCUCAGGUGUCUCACGUCCUUCUGGAGGACUGGUCAACAUUUGCCAAGUGUUUUAUUAUUUAUAUGUUUUUGAUGUUUGUACCAGAAGGAAUUUUUGCAAAUGAGGAGCAUGUCUAGAGUUUUGUUUAAUUUUGUAUCUGUCCAGUUUUUUGAGUAUCCAUUGAAUGUAAAUGUCACUUUGGAUGGUUUUGAUCUGCAUUUCUUGCACUGAUUCUGGAAAAAUAUCCACUGUAAUUGGAAAAAGACUAUCGUGAAAACACAUUGCACUUUAAAAAAUAGUGAUUGGGAAGUUCCCUCAGGUCACUAUGGGCAGAAUUUUACCUGGAAAGGGGAGGCAGGUUUGGAUGUGGGCAGAGGGUUCUCCCAAAAAUGCUGACAUGUUGGAAACCUGACAUUAUCCCAUUUGUUUCUGGCUUUUACCGGGGUGUGUUCAGAGGCAUGCAGAAAAUCCCGUGGAAAUGUUGAGUCUCUAACUUGAAUAUGCUAAUGUAGAAUGAAUUCAGACUUUGCUGAAAAUUCCAGUUGGGAAAACUGUUUCCCAACCUGUCUGAAACUCGCCAGGUUCAACAAGCCCAGGGCCCAAUGGGAACUUAGUGGGUGAAAUUGACAGGUUGGAAAGUCUUUGAAGAGUGAAGCUGCACAACUGCUUGCCUGUCUAUGUGAAAGGCUUGUGUUCUGAGGGCUUCUUCUGAGAGUCCACCUUCACUGAUUUACACGUGAUUUCCAGCUCUUUGGGAGUCAUUUCACUUUCCUUGGACCUUACUUAUCUUGAUCUGCACUUCAUUGUUCUCAGUCUUCACAGCAGCAUGUGAGCGCCCUGACUCACUACCAGCUACCCCCACUGUUAGUUAAAAACCAGGGUGUCAGCAACAAUGUGAACCUCAAAGUAAUGUUACAUCUGAUCACAGUUUCUAGCAAUAUCCUAUUCUACACCUUUUAGAAGCUUUUAGCAUUUGCUGAAAAUAGUGAAUGUAGGAUAUCCCUAUGAUUACCCACACAUCAGAAAAUUGACCCUUAUCUCAGGGAAAUGAGCUAAAUAUGCAGUUUGUCUUAUUAAAGAAAACAUUGUGCAAUGAACUUCCUGCUUUAAUAAAAUUACAGGAGAUGAAUUCAUGAUUUGAGAACGAUUUUGUCAAUGUUGAUUGGUACUAACAAGUUCAUCAUGUAGACCAUAACACAGGAUGAGUGAAGUCAUGCUCUGCUUUGAUGGUCUAUGCACUGUCAUUAUUUUUUUAGAUUUUAAAGAUGCUAAACAUGUAUUGUUUUUCCAUUUAUGUUUGUAAUUAUUAAAA